CGCAGAGACAGGUCAGACUCAUUGUGGAUGGGAUCUCGUAACCACCGGUCCGUUACGCGCUGGUUUCCUUCCGUGUAAAAUGAAAACGGGGAAGUAGACACGCGCAGAACCGGUGCUUUUCUCUCUCUCUUUGCGCACGCACGCGCACACACGCACAUGCAGCGUGUGUUUUAUAUGAUCUGAGCCUUUUUUUUUUAUUAGGUUUUUCUUCCAUUCCUUUCUUUUCUUUUCUUUUCUUGUCCUGUCUCCUCCGGUGAUCCGGAGACUGAUUGACCCAGGCGUGAUGGAGUACUGGCGGCAGUGCGCGCUCUGGCUGAUCGGGUGUCGCGUGCUCCCGCAGUCGCACCGGGUCACCUCGGACACCGCGCGCGCCUUCGACCUGGCGCAGAGUCUCCGUGAUGGAGUGCUGCUGUGUCAGCUCCUCAACAACCUCCAUCCUCAAACCAUCAACCUGAAGGAGAUCAACCUCAGACCGCAGAUGUCCCAGUUUCUGUGCCUGAAGAACAUCCGAACGUUCCUGAGCGCGUGCUGCGAGGUGUUCGGCAUGAAGAAGAGCGAGCUGUUCGAGGCCUUCGACCUGUUUGACCUGCGUGACUUCGGCAAGGUGAUUGACACACUGUCCAAACUGUCCAACACAACCAUCGCACUACAAACUGGGAUACGGCCGUUUCCAACCGAAGUAAGUGUAGAAGGCGAGGACAUCUACAAUCACCUGGAAGAUCUCGUAGAUGAAAAUGGCGUGGAUGAUGAAGAAGACCUGUACGACUGUGUGUAUGAUGAUGAUGGUGGUGGUGAAGUUUAUGAAGACCUGAUGAAGAUGGAGGCUGGAGCUCCUCCUAAACAGGCAGAGACGGACAUCAGGAGCUGUUGCUUAGCAGAGAUCAAACAGACGGAGGAGAAGUACUCUGAGACACUGGAGUCCAUUGAGAAAUACUUUCUCCGGCCGCUGGAGCAAUUUCUCUCAUCGUCUGAGAUCAACAAGGUGUUCAUCAACAUUCCUGACUUAGUGAAAGUGCACAAGAGCCUGCUGCAGGAGGUGCAAAACUCCAUCAGUCACCAAAGUGCCAGUAACCUCUACCAGAUCUUCAUCGAUCACAAGGAGAGGUUGCUGAUCUAUGGAAAGUACUGUUCCCAGGUAGAGACGGCCAUCGCAUACUUGGACGAACUCUGCAAAGAAAAGGAGGAUGUGAGACAAAAACUAGAGGUCUGUUCCAAACGAGCAAACAACGGCAAGUUCACGCUCAGAGAUCUCCUCGUGGUGCCGAUGCAGAGGGUCCUGAAGUAUCACCUGCUUCUUCAGGAGUUGGUGAAACACACUAACGACGCGGCCGAGAAGAGCAACCUCCGCACCGCUCUGGACGCCAUGAAGGAUCUGGCGCAGUAUGUGAACGAGGUGAAGAGAGACAACGAAACACUGAGAGAAAUCAGCCAGUAUCAAAAAUCUAUUGAGAACCUUAAUCAGCCCUUGUUAAACUAUGGGAGGCCUAAAGGGGACGGUGAAGUUCGAGUCUUAACUGUGGACAAGCGAACCAAACAGGACAGGCACAUCUUCCUGUUUGACGCAGCAGUGAUUGUGUGUAAAAGGAGAGGAGACGUGUAUGAGAUGAAGGAGGUGAUUGACCUCCACAACUUCAAAAUCACCAACAACCCCACCUCAGACAAGGAGAACCGCAAGUGGUCCUACGGCUUUUACCUCACACACAAUCAGGGACGGAGCGGCUUCGAGUUCUUCUUCAAGACCAAAGAACUGAAGAAGAAGUGGCUCGAGCAGUUCGGCAUGGCCGUCUCCAACAUUCGGCCGGAGAACGGAACCAACAACCAGCACGAGUUCCGCAUGCACACCUUCGAGAGGAUCACAGCCUGCAGCUCCUGCAAGAUGUUGCUGAGAGGGAUCUUCAACCAGGGCUAUCAGUGCUCCAAAUGUGGAGAAGGAGCUCAUAAGGAAUGUUUGGCCAGAGUGCUAAUGUGUGGAAAAGGCAGCGGAUCAGAUAUGGGAUCUUCUCGAACACAGGACCGAUCACACAGCCGGAGAGCAGAUCCAGGUUUACCUAAAAUGUUGGCUAUAAGGGAUUACCGUGGCGAUCCAAUGCCACAGAUUGGCCCCGCCCUCAACAUCCAGCAGGGUGACAUCAUCGAACUAAUCCGUGCCGACCUGCACAGCACCUGGUGGCAGGGCAAAGUCUUGACGACGAGAGAGGUUGGAUUCUUCCCAAGCAACGCCGUGAAGCCUUGCCCAUGUGCAAGACCCAUUGAUUACUCCUCUCAGACCUGGUUUGCAGGUGGCAUGCUGCGGGUGCAAGCGGAGGCGACGCUCCUGAACAGGCAGAACAGCACGUACCUGGUGAGGCAUCGAGGGCACGACAGCAACGAGUACGCCAUCAGCAUCAAGUUCAACAACGAUGUGAAGCACAUCAAGAUCUUAACUAGAGACGGCUACUUCCAGAUCGCAGAGAACCGGAGGUUCAGGAGCAUCAUGGAGCUGAUUGAGUACUAUAAGAAUCACUCUCUGAAGGAGGGCUUCAGGACACUAGAUACAACACUGCAGUUUGCCUACAGAGAGCCUGAGAACGGAGUGUUGACCCCGAAGGUGAUCGGCGUGGCGAUAGCUCGGUACGAUUUCAGUUCUCGGGACAUGAGGGAGCUGUCGCUGCAGGAAGGGGACAUGGUGAGGAUCUACAGCAAGUCCACAACUAACGGCUGGUGGAGGGGCGAGGUCAACGGCCGGGUGGGCUGGUUUCCCUCCACAUAUGUAGAAGAAGGAGAGGAGUGAAAAUCAGAUCUCCUCUGAAAGGAAGUAAAAAAGAAGGACAUUGUUUCCUGUUUACAUGCUGAAAUAGACUGAAGCACAGACUUUUCCCAGUUUUAGUCCGAAAAGGGUCUUGAAGUGUCUCAGCAGGGACCCUCAGUGCUUACCCACAAUCCUCUGCUGUCAGCAAAGCAGUCACAAGUGAAGGUCUGUGUGUCUGUGUGCAUUACUGUGAAUGAUUAGAGACAGUUGGAACCCCCGCAGGCUUGUACACCGGUAUAUGUGUAAGGGUGUGUGUGUGUGUGUGUGUGUGUGUGUGUGUGUGUGUGUGUGUGUGUGUGUGUGUGUGCGCGCGCGUGUGUGCUUGUGAGUGUAUAUCUUUGACAUUGUCACUUAUCAGAUAGAUGUAUUGUGUGGAUAUUUGUGUUUUCUUGUCCUCUGUUGUUGCUGCUUAUCUCAAAAGGACGUGUUUAUCUGAUGUGAGAGACUGAGAGUGAGCUGGCUGAGACACACACACACACACACACACACACACACACACACACACACACACAUGCACACUGAGACUCUUACCUCUAGAUAUUGCAUCCACUGCAUUUUUAAUCCAGUAUUCUGAUAGUAGAUGAUUGACAGCCCACAAUCCCUGCUCUUAUCUGACCCAAUUUGCAGCCACCAGAACCUCCAGCCAGUCUAAAAUACAGCUCUGGAAUAAAUCCAGUCCUUACAGACGAGACUGUGAACAUGAAGGAUGAUAGAAGGAGAUAUUUAUUUAACAACAAAGCUGUCUUGUUUGCUCAGUAAAAUGAUGACAGGAUUGUGUCUCAGAGCAAGGCUGUAGUGCAAUGUUGGUGCCACUAGAUGGCAGCAGCAUUAAUGGAUUAAUAAACUCUCCACAUCCCACCAUCAGGAGGUUUUAACCUCCUGCUGAGCCGUCAGAGAUAUUCCGGAUCAACUUUGCUUUCUGGACCAGCAUGAACUGACGUGUAGAUUACCCGUUUCAGAACAUUCCAGAACCUGGAGCACUCUAAGGAAAUCUCCAUAAUACCCAUUUAAAAAACCUUCUAAAACCUACUAGGACACUGACCCAUGGGACAAAUUUCAAACCUUCUGUAAGCUCUUACUUGUUCUGGAAAUAUACCUACUGACCAAGAUAUAUGUGAAAAAACAACUUUUUAGAAUCCUUAUGUGGCCUGAAACUAUAUAGAACUAAAACAAAUUGAGCUUCAAUACACCAGAAUGCCAACCCUUUCAAGAACCCUAUUUAAUACACACUCAAUAAUACCUUCUCAUGCUAGAACAUUCCAGAUAACCUACCAUUCAAGAACCCUAUAUAAUACACACCCCAUAAUACCAUCUCAUGCUAGAACAUUCCAGAUAACCAACCAUUCAAGAACCUCUGUGAAAUAGACACAUGCUAAAACGUUUACAAUACAGACUUAGGCUAGAAGAUCCACCCAUGGAAGAACAUUACAGUUAACCAACCCAAUCUAGAAACUUUAAAAUACUGACUGAUGUUAGAAUAUCUUUGAUGAUCAGCCCAUUGUAGAACUUUUAUGAAACAGACUCCUCAGACUAAUCAUGGUAGAAGAAUUUACCAGUGCUGAAACAUCUGAAUUAACCAAUCCAAUCUAGAACCUCCAGAAUACAGACCCAUGCUAGAAUUCCGUAGAUAACAACCAAUUCUACAUUGCUAUUAAAACGGCCUCAUGCUAGAGCCUUUAUAAUACAGACUAAUGGUAGAAGAUCUACAUGCAAACCUUUCAGCUAAACAGCCAAAUCAAGAAACUCUAGAAAUCUGACUCAUGAUGGGAUAUUGGUUUUCGAACCUUUAUCAAACAUAAUCAUAAUAGAUCUACCUGUUCUAGAACCACUCCGCUAACCAACCCAAUUUAAAACCUCUUUAAUACAGACCCCAUAGAACAUCUCAGAUAUCCAACAUCUCAUUUUAGACUCAUGCUAGAACCAGAAUUCUUGAUCAUGAACAUAUUGAACUAUCUUACAUUCCAGAACUCCAAUCCCCAUUCACUUCUUCUACUUUGGUGAAAAGCUGUGCUCCUUCAUCUGCCAUCACCUCCGUAUCCCUGAGCUGAGAGUUUUGUUAACUGUCUCAAGUGUGAAAACAGCAGAACGUGUCCUGAUCGGUGAAUCCGCUCCUCUCUCCAAUCAAACCGUAAUAAUCAGAGGAAUCGUAUUUAUGCAUCUGUCGUCAUGUUAGGAAUAUGAUUUUAGCACAAAAGAAUUAUUGGACACAUAUGCAGAAAUCUACACUGUGUGUGUGUGUGUGUGUGUGUGUGUGUGUGUGUGUGUGUGUCUUAGGCUAUGCUAACCAUCUAUUUGGACUGUUUGUCUUUGCUUGGCUCUAAAGUUCAUAUAAACCCACAAUUUCAUGCUUCGCAAUCUCAGUCUGUCAUUUCAGACAAGUCUUUGUACUUGUGUGUCCUUCUAAUUGUUUGAUGCUGAGCAGAGACUGAUGGAAUCCUAUUGCAAUUCAAUACCACACGUAUAUGUACUCGUUCUCAUGUUCGAUGCCGCACGGUUUCUCUUCUUUUUUUUUGUGUGUUUGUGUAAUAUUCAACCAACAUGUUAAAGCCACUAACAGCAUCAGGUAAUACUGUACAUGUCAAUACAGGACCUAUUUCUUUGGUACUCUUGUGUCUGUUAACCGAAGCCAAAGAUCUGUGUUUGUGUAUGUAUAUAUGUGUGUGUGUGUGUGUGUGUGUGUGUGUGUGUGUGUGUGUGUGUGUGUGUGUGUGUGCCGCAGUGGCCUGUGCAAUCCCGAAAUACUGCUGUGCUGGACUGUAAAUAUGUACAUAAUGCACAAUAAAGUUAUAUUGCUUGUUUUUA